AUUACUCACUGAACAAUCGCUGAAAAAUGUUUGUAGUUAACAUAUUGUAAUUUGCAAUUGAAAAUAUUGUUAAUAUAACUCAAUAAAGAUUUAUUUGCAAAGUUAGUUCUUCGAUAUUUAUACAGUAUAACGUUUUUUCGGGCAGAAUUGUUAACUGAAAAUGUCGUCAAGAAAUUUAACAGAAGUUUUUGUAAUUAUGCGCAACAAUGCAUCAAAAAACCGAAAUCUGUACACAGAUGAAAGACGGGACAGUGAUGCUGAACGUCUAUUAAAGCACUCAAUUAGAGAAGCGGAGGAAGGCUUAGAGCUGCGAGAUGAUUAUGGAUCGCCUCCAGUGUGGCUCGACAAAUUUGAAGAAGCCCAAUAUACGAUGUCCAAAAUAAAGCCGAAGUUGGACGAAUUAGGCUCACUGCAUGCAAGACAUUUGUUGCGCCCAACAUUUGAUGAAAAUAGUGAAGAGGAGCAUGAUAUUGAACAACUUAGUCAAGAAAUAUCCAAGCUUAUAACUUCCACACAUCGUCACAUUCAGUGUAUACGUUCCAGUCUAGAAAUCGGUAGCAAAAUAGAGCAAAGACUUACUGCAAAUGUGAUAACGUGUUUGCUAUUGGAGUUACAAGAGUUGACAAAUAAAUUUAGGAACAGCCAAAAUACUUAUGUGCGACAGCUUACAUCCCGUGAGGAGCGUUCACAGAAGUAUUUUGAAUCGAAUGAUUUUACUAACGUCGACUUGCGAUCAAAUGCAACAGAACGCGAUAAUUAUGUGGAAACAUUUGACAAUUUUUUGCAGCCGACAUCAUCUAAAUCUUCUACUACGGCUUAUCUCUAUGAUAAUGAAUCAGAUCAACAAAUUGAUGAACACUUCCAAAGACCAGUCUCUAGUCGUAUGACCCAACAACAGUUGCUAUUAUUUGAGGAAGAUAACACUCGUAUGGCAUUACAUCGCGAAGAAGAAGUAUCCAAAAUUGUUAAAUCUAUAUAUGAUCUUAACGACAUAUUCAAAGAUCUGGGUCAAAUGGUCCAUGAACAAGGUACUGUGUUAGAUCGCAUUGAUUAUAACGUUGAGCAAACUCAAACAAGGGUCUCGGAGGGAUUAAAACAGUUACACCGUGCAGAAAUGUAUCAGCGUAAAAACCGAAAAAUGUGUGUCAUAUUUGUGCUGGCUGCAAUUACUUUAUUCUUGUUGUUGUUAUUAAUUUUCACGAAACUGUAAACAAAUAUUCUUUGUAUUUGUUAUAUUUAUUUAUAUAUAUAUAUAUAAUAGAAAGUUAUAAACAUAAAUGUAAAUCUGCAAGUGUUGUUAAUGGUUAUCACAUCCUUUCCGACAGCCUGCUGGCUACAGAUCUUAAGUUGCCAUACACUUUGUUAGGUGGCGAGCCCAAAAUUA